CGAUUUUCUGCAGAAUCGAUUUAAAUUGAACAUCCUUAGUCACGAACCAACUAUAAAAGAACCUGCUUUUACCGCCAGACUGCAACAAUAUUUCUCACUACGAUUGAGCUUGCAAGGUGUUUGUGUGGUUUCGUGUUUUAAUAAUUCUCGACUGUUUACAGAAUUAAAUCGAAACAUGUUCACAUGUUCAUCUUGUCAAAAAGCGUUCAGUCGUAAAGAUAAUUUAACUCGUCACUUAAAGAAUGCGUGCAAAAAGUCUUCUUUUCUAAACCGUUUUUUGGGGAGGUCAGCAGCUGAAGAAAAAAAAAAAUAUUGUUCAGAAUGUAAAGAACAUAUUUUACAAAAUUUGUGGGUUGGUCAUCUGCGUUCAAACAGUCACAAAAACAACUGUAAAACGUUGGAGGAAAAAGGAAUUCAAGUAAUAAAAUCAGCUUUCAAGGAAAGGAUAAUAUCCUACAGAUUAUCUACCGAAGAAAAUAUUUUAAAUGUUAAAAACUAUUUUAAAAUAUUGGAACAAAAGAUUCUACGGGUGUUUGACAAUCAACUGAAAAAACAUACUUGUAUUAAAGUCAAUAUAGAACUUUUUGGAUAUUACUAUAACCCCAGUAACGAUAAUCAUGAUGUCAAAUCGUUCAACACUCCAUUUAAAGUAAUUUGUAACAGCAGUGCAACAAAGGACUUAGUAGAAGAUUUUUUAACAAUUAUUGAAAACAAGGCUGAUGAAUUCACAGAAAAGGACUCUGAGCAUGAUAUAGCAUACUCUCAAACUGAAGAUUUAUUAAAAGACGCAACUGAUAAAUUGUUGGGAGAUCAGGCUUGGAAUAGAGUAAAAGCUAAGGAUUCUUCUCUUAGUGAAAAAGUAGCUGCAUUAACUGUUGCUGCCAUAAUGAAGGGAAAACGAAAGCUUGGAAUGGGUAUAAAAAAGAAAAAGGAAAAAAAGGUGGAAAGUUUAACAUGA